AUGUGUGACCAGCAGCAGAUUCACUAUUGCGUGCCGCUCCCCCAGUGCUGCGUCAAGGGUUCCUCCGUCGGUCCCGCCCAGUUUGCUGGUGUCAACGGCGAGGUGGCAGUCCCAGCCCCUUGUGGGGUCCAGAUUUUGGAGUACCCUGCACCAUGCCAAGUCCAAGUUUCCCAGACUCCCUGCCAGUCCAUGACCACCCAGAUGGAGUGCCAGGCUCCGUGCAAGUCUAAGACCACCCAGGUGAAAUUCCAGGCUCCCAGCAAGUCUAAAACCACUCAGGUGAAGUGCGAGGCCCCCUGCCAGUCCAAGACCACCCAGGCAGACCAGCCUGGCCACCAGGCACAUCUCGAGUAUUUCUCAGGACGUCCCUUAGAAGUCCUUGUCUCCACGCCUGUGCCCACUCUCUCUUCCGCUGCCUGAGCCAUUUCUCUCCUACUACCCUGCAUCUGAAAUCCAGUUACCUUUCAAUGCCUCUUCCUUGCAGCCUUCUUUGCCUGUUUGUACUCACAGCAGCCUGUGCUGACUUCUAAGCUCAUGGCUUCAGUCACCCCAUUGAGGAGGCCACCACUUGCAACAUCUCUUGGAGCAGCCAACUUUAUCAAGGCUUGGGGUUCGGCAGCUUGAGCCAUGGUCUGUCCUGAUGGGCCAUUGCAGCAACUGGGGUGGGAGGAGCCCACAUAACAAUAAAGAUC